AUGCGAACCAACGCAGUGGCCGCACCCGACGGUGCCCUAUCGAAUCCUGCAAUCUUUGCCUAUCAUGAAUCACCACAGCCCUAGAGUCGAUCUUUGCCUCUUAUACUCGCUUCCAAGCCUCACUUUCUGCCACUAUUGAUGGCCAGAACGCACGGGCAUGCUAAACGGGAUGCAGGAACGGUCAGAUAGAAAAGUACGAAAAAAAUAAAGCCACGACUUGGAUUGCCCAGUCAAUCAGGGCCCCAAAAAUCAUGAUUACGCUACAACGACCAGCACAAGUCACGGUGGUAGGCUGCGUCUCCGUGCCUUGAAACCGAAGGAUGCUCUUCGCGAUCCCAACCCUGCUCGCCCGAUGACGUCGCAAAACACGAGCUCCAAGACACUCUCUUGCUCCCUUUCCCAGACUGCAGCAUUAGCCUGGCUUGUGUCCUUCCCGAUCCCGCUUCCCGGCAGGAAAGGGGCGAAUCAACGAGGAGCUAGGUGUUUCGCGCAAGGGGAAAAAAACCACGUGGCAUCGGCAGCUAGUCGAAUUCCCUUUGCGUCGAGCAAUGGCGAAUUCAUGUUUGCCAUCGCGGAAGGUCUCGAACACGUCGCGGACAGACACGCCUGCCGUUGUGGAAAUAAGAAGUUAUCCUCCGCGAUGAAGACCCUGCAUUAUUACCCGCGCUUCGCCAUUGAGGUCUAGUAAUUCAACAUGAAGAGAAGAACCUGAGGCGGCUCGAAGCUUGGACCAUUUUUGUGGCUUGAGACAAGGCUAAUGGCG